UGCAGCAGUAAGAGGGCACGCGCCUGCGCGCUGCUCCUCCAGCGGAGCCUGGAGCACAGACGAUUGCCGCCUCCAGGAGGCAGUUGAAAUAACUGGAUCCAGGAAUGUCAGAAUCUGUCCAGCAGUAGCGCGCGUCUCAUAGGGGAGUAACGAUUGCAUUUGAGUGUCAGGGCCGUACGAAGUUCAGUGGCACACGAGAACAUGAAGAUCGACGUCUCUGAAAACGUAUUUCGGUCAUCUUUUCUAUUGUCACUGCUAUUUGGUGGGUGCCUCGCUUCAAAAAUAUUGGUGGUUGCUCCCACUCCAUCCAUUAGCCACCAGAAGCCGUUUCAAAUCUUAACAAAGGCUCUUCUUCAAAGAGGACACCAAAUCACAUUCUUCACCGCUAAUCCAUUGAAGAUUAGUCAUGAGAACUUAACAGAAAUCGACUUAUCUGUGGGGUACAACAUCAUCGGCGAUUUGGACCUGGAAUCUACAGCGCAGCAGUCCCCCGUGGAGACGAUGUCGAUGCUUCGAGAUGCCACAUCAGUGUGCGUCCAGUGGAUGCUGAGGGAACCCGCCGUCCAGAGUUUCAUCAGUAAGCGAGACAACUUCGACUUGGUGAUCAUGGAGCGGAUGCCAUACCAGGCUUUCUUCGGCCUGGUCCACAAUGCGGGUUCGCCUCCGCUGGUGGGCAUGAUCACGCUGCCGGCGUUCGCGCCCGUCUACCACGCCAUGGGCAACCUCGUGAAUCCGGCCUACUCGCCCGACGUCUGGGUCGGGUACUCGGACCACAUGAGCUUCUGGCAGCGCGCGUACAACGCCUACUUCCAGCUGAGCUUCUGCUACAUGUGGUACUUCCAGAUACAGCCGACCCAGGAGGCGAUCAUGAGGCAGUACUUCGGACCGGGACCACCGCCAGUGCACGAGACGGAGCGAAACGUGAGCCUCCUCAUCGUCAACAGCCACUUUUCCGUCGACUACCCUCGCCCCCUUUUACCCAAUAUCCUGGAGAUCACUGGUAUGCAUGUGCAGACGCAGACGAAGCCAUUGCCGAAGGAUAUCCAGGAGUUUAUUGACGGGGCAGAGCACGGUCUGAUAUACAUGAGUCUGGGAUCCAAUGUCAGGAGCAGCGGUUUGCCGUGGCAGAAAGUCCAGGCCUUCCUGGACGCCUUUCGGGAACUCCCACAGCGCGUCCUCUGGAAGUGGGAGAACAAGACCCUACCCGGACAGCCACCAAACGUGAUGGUCAGCAAGUGGUUGCCUCAGCAGGACAUACUAGCUCACCGAAAAGUGCGCCUCUUCAUCACACAGGGAGGCCUCCAGAGCAUGAACGAAGCGAUGUAUCACGCAGUUCCCUUUCUUGCCAUUCCGUUCUUUGCUGAUCAACCGUACAAUGCGGCCAAGAUUGUGCAAGCUGAACUUGGAGUCUCUCUGCAAUUCAACGAUCUCACAAAGGACUCCAUACUUCAACAUUCGCGAGCUGUUCUAGAGAAUCAAAGGUACAAAGAGAACAUGAACAGGCUGUCAGAGAUAUUCCGCGAGCACCAGGCGGACUCUUUGGAGCGCGCCGUGUGGUGGCUGGAGUACGUGAUACGUCACAAGGGGGCCCCGCACAUGCGCACUGCCGCCCUCGACCUGCACUGGUGGCAGCUGCUGCUACUCGACGUCAUCGCUUUCAUCGCUUUCAUCUUGAUGUCAACGUGCGCCGUUAUGUACGCCGCCUUCUACUUCAUACGGCAGAUCACUGUUGCGAUGAAGGAUACUAAGAGAAAAGUGAAGAAACAGUUGUGAUGUACGACGCCUCUAUUUAGCUGGUUAAUCACGUUUCUCAUACUGAACUGCCUCAAAUGUUGAAGAGUGUACUCUUAUUUCGAAGUAUGAGUCAUGCUAUAAACAUUAUGAUGUGAAUGCACAACACCAGAUUGAUCCUGUUAUACUGCACUGUAUUGGUUGUAAAGAGGAAACAAGUAAUCGAUUUCCUUCUCAGUGUAUUUUUUUUCGUUCUUAAAAUAAUAAUAUGUGUCUAGGGUAUUGAUAAAUCGCUUCAGCUGUGUUUAGUCCUUUAUUUUUAGACCGCUAUCGGUUUCAUGGCAUUAACAGGCACAUCUGAGGGUGAACAUUUAAGUAAAACAUUACAGCUAAAAGGCUUGACAGUUUGUA